UUAUCCUUUCCCCUAAGAUUCGUGUCUUUCCCUUCUUUGUCGAUUGCAAGCUGCAGGCGAAGAAAAGAAAGCCGACAAGAGCCAGGAGCCGCCUUCGCCCUUCGUACGCAACAACAAAUACUUGCAGUGGGCGUUCUAGCAGUGGCGCUUGUUAUUCAUUUCAUUUUCCCAAAGUUUCAGACACAUAAAAGGAAACCCGAUAUAAAUUAGACGACUUCAUAUACUCCUACAAAUAUAAUGGCGAUUUCUUCUGCUAUCUCUUCCACUUCAUCCUCUUUCUUACACAAGAAAGAUGUGGGUUUGUCUGCUUUUACCUCUUCUACCUCCAUCAACACCCAAUUUUCAGCUUCGAAAUACAGGGCCAAUAAGUUAAAGAAGAUAGUUUCUGUCAUGGCUCCUCAGCAAAUUGCGCGCAGUCCUUCAACUACUGGCUCGGUGAAAAAUGCUAUGACUAUGACCGAGAAGAUACUGGCUCGUGCUUCGGAGAAACCCCAUUUAACCCCAGGUGAUAAUGUGUGGGUUAAUGUUGAUAUCUUAAUGACUCAUGAUGUUUGUGGACCUGGUUCUUUUGGCAUCUUCAAGAAGGAAUUUGGCCAUAAUGCAAAGGUGUGGGACCGUGAAAAGAUUGUCAUUAUUCCUGAUCAUUAUAUCUUUACAAGUGAUGAGCGUGCAAAUCGCAAUGUUGAUAUCUUGAGAGACUUUGUGAAGGAGCAAAAUAUCAAAUACUUCUAUGACAUAACCGAUCUUUCUGACUUUAAGGUCAAUCCUGACUACAAAGGAGUUUGUCAUGUCGCUCUUGCUCAAGAGGGUCACUGUAGACCUGGAGAGGUCUUGUUGGGGACUGAUUCUCACACUUGUAAUGCGGGAGCAUUUGGCCAAUUUGCCACUGGAAUAGGCAAUACUGAUGCUGGUUUUGUUUUAGGCACGGGCAAAAUAUUGCUGAAGGUUCCGCCGACUCUAAGAUUUGUACUGGAUGGAGAGAUGCCUGAUUAUUUGCUCGCAAAGGACUUGAUUCUGCAGAUCAUUGGUGAAAUAUCAGUUUCUGGUGCAACUUAUAAGUCUAUGGAAUUUGUUGGAUCAACUGUGGAGAGUUUGACGAUGGAAGAAAGAAUGACCCUGUGUAAUAUGGUUGUUGAAGCUGGAGGGAAGAACGGUGUUGUUCCUGCUGAUGCUACCACAUUUAAAUAUCUUGAGGGAAAGACAUCCAUACCUUAUGAACCUGUUUAUAGCGAUGGUCAAGCAAGAUUUGUGUCUGAGUACCGGUUUGAUGUUUCAAAGUUGGAACCCCUUGUUGCAAAGCCUCAUUCUCCGGACAAUCGUGCAUUAGCAAGAGAGUGCAAAGAUGUCAAAAUUGAUAGGGUUUAUAUUGGAUCUUGUACAGGGGGGAAAACAGAAGAUUUUAUGGCUGUAGCAAAAGUCUUUCUAGCCUCUGGGAAAAAGGUCAAAGUCCCGACUUUUCUCGUCCCAGCCACCCAGAAGGUGUGGGUGGAUGUAUAUACUCUUCCUGUGCCUGGAUCUGGUGGCAAGACCUGUGCCCAGAUAUUUGAAGCAGCUGGAUGUGAUACACCAGGUAGUCCAGGUUGUGGAGCUUGUCUUGGUGGCCCUAGAGACACAUAUGCUCGAAUGAAUGAGGCACAGGUGUGCGUCUCAACAACAAACAGGAAUUUUCCCGGGCGAAUGGGGAACAAGGAAGGACAGAUAUAUCUAGCAUCUCCGUACACAGCAGCAGCAUCAGCAUUGACUGGCUAUGUUACUGAUCCCAGAGAGUUCUUACAAUAAGCUGUGGACUAUUGGUGUCUGAAUGUAUGUGCUCAUCUUUCACAAUUUUGAGAUUAUCUCUGUAUUCUCAGCAAAGUCAUGUCGGUUGUAUUGAACCUUAGUCCAGAGUAAAAAGAGAAUAAACAAUGUUCCAAGGGGGAAGCAAUGGGUCAAUUUUACUAUUAUCUA